UGAACAGUUUGGAAUGAUAAAAGGUCAAUCAGAUCACUCUAUCUUUUACAAAAGAACGAAAGCAUGUAUCACAUUGCUUGUGGUGUAUGUCGAUGAUAUUGUGAUUACAGGAAGUGAUACUGCAGGUAUUUUGGCCCUUAAGAAUUUUCUUCAUAGCCAAUUCCAAACAAAAGACCUAGGCUCGUUGAAAUACUUUCUGGGUAUUGAGGUAACACGGAGUAAGAAAGGUAUAUUUCUAUCUUAGCGUAAAUAUGUACUUGAUUUACUAGCUGAAACAGAAAAAAUGGGAGCAAAGCCAAGCACGACUCCCAUGGUUCCCAAUGUGCAACUCACCCAAGAAGGCAUACCAUUCGAAGACCCAGAAAGGUACAGAAGAUUGGUUGGAAAGCUUAAUUAUCUUGCAGUCACCCGUCCAGACAUUGCUUACUCUGUGAGCGUUGUGAGUCAAUAUAUGUCAUCUCCGACCAUUGAUCAUUGGGCUGCUGUAGAACAUAUAUUAUGUUACUUGAAAGGAGCACCAGGACGCGGGAUUGUCUAUCAAAAUCAUGAUCACUUGAGAAUAGAAUGUUUUGCAGAUGCUGACUGGGCCGGAUCUAAAGAUGAUCGAAGAUCUACCUCGGGCUAUUGUGUCUUUGUUGGAGGGAACCUAGUAUCCUGGAAGAGUAAGAAACAGAGUGUGGUUUCUUGUUCGAGUGCUGAAUCAGAAUAUCGAGCUAUGGCGCAAUCUGCUUGUGAGAUCAUGUGGAUAGGCCAUUUAUUAAGUGAAAUCGGAUUGAAGACACCAAUGCCUGCUAAAUUGUGGUGUGAUAAUCAAGCUGCCAUACACAUUGCCAACAACCCAGUAUUUCAUGAGCGAACAAAGCAUAUUGAGGUUGAUUGUCAUUUUAUUCGAGAGAAGAUACAGAAAUGAUUGAUCUCUACGGGAUAUGUGAAGACUGGAGAACAACUUGGAGAUUUGUUCACUAAAGCACUAAAUGGGAU